AUGUCCCAGAAAGGCCGUGCUUCUCCUUCUCUUCAGACGAUCAAAUCGUUACCUGUUGAUUUGAGGUCAGUGGGAUCAUCAAAUUCUCAAUAUUUAGCAAAAUCUAACGGUGCAAACGCUAGCAUUGGCGGAGAUACAGCGGAAAGUCUCGUAGAAAACGGUGGGAGAUUGAGUGGUGUAAUGGAGAGUGUCAAUGGCAUUGCGAGCGCUGAUAAUGAUGAUUCCCCUUAUAAUAGUUUGAAUUUAUUGCCUGAAGAAAGGCCUACUUCCGCUGAUGAUGAUUUGGAUUCAGUGGCUUCUUCAUUACGAUCACCUGGUCCGACUCGGGUUGACUCCAAGUGGAGUGAUACCAAAACUUAUUCAUCCAAGAAGAAACAACAAUCUUGGUUUCAACUUCCUGAUGGAAACUGGGACCUUGGAACGAUUCUUACAACAUCUGGUGAUGAAGUGGUGAUAACAUUAUUGGAGGGAAAAGUUUCGAAAGUUAAAUCUGAAGAUUUGAUACCUGCAAAUCCCGAUAUCCUUGAUGGAGUGGAUGAUCUGAUGCAACUAAGUUACUUAAAUGAACCGUCAGUUCUAUACAAUCUUCAGUACAGAUAUGACCGCGACUUGAUUUAUACAAAAGCAGGGCCAGUUCUGGUUGCUGUUAAUCCCUUUAAGAAAGUUCCGCUGUAUGGCAAUGAUUUUAUUGAAGGUUAUAGGGCUAAAACUAUGAGUGGCCCACAUGUCUAUGCCAUUGCUGACACUGCCAUGAGGGAAAUGAUUCGAGAUGAAGUCAAUCAAUCCAUUAUUAUAAGUGGAGAAAGUGGAGCAGGAAAGACUGAGACUGCAAAGAUAGCAAUGCAAUAUCUGGCUGCAUUAGGGGGUGGAAGUGGAAUAGAGUAUGAGAUAUUGAAAACUAAUCCUAUUUUAGAAGCCUUUGGAAAUGCAAAAACCCUUAGAAAUGACAAUUCAAGUCGAUUUGGGAAACUGAUUGAAAUUCACUUCAGCGAAACUGGGAAAAUAUCGGGUGCCAAUAUCCAAACUUUUUUACUUGAAAAGUCCAGGGUAGUUCAAUGUGCUGAAGGAGAAAGAUCAUACCAUAUAUUUUAUCAACUCUGUAGAGGAGCUCCAAAAACCCUCAAAGAGAAACUGCAUAUAAGGAGUUGGAAUGAGUACAAGUAUUUGAGUCAAAGCACUUGCCAUGCCAUUUCCGGGGUUGAUGAUGCGGAACAAUUUCGUGUUGUGCUGGAAGCUCUUGAUGUUGUUCAUGUAAGCAAAAGUGACCAGGAGAGCGUCUUUGCAAUGCUGUCUGCUGUUUUGUGGCUUGGAAAUAUCUCCUUCACAGUCAUUGAUAAUGACAAUCAUGUUGAACCCGUGGAGGAUGAAGGUCUAAUUAAUGUUGCUAUGCUAAUUGGUUGUGGCAUUACUGAACUAAAGAUGGCUCUAUCGACCCGGAAAAUGAAAGUGCGCAAUGACAUUAUAGUCCAAAAACUCACUUUGUCGCAGGCCACUGACGCCCGAGAUGCAUUAGCAAAAUCUAUUUACUCGUGCUUGUUUGACUGGCUAGUGGAACAAAUCAACAAGUCUCUUGCUGUUGGCAAACGCCGCACUGGGAGAUCAAUCAGCAUCCUUGAUAUAUAUGGUUUUGAAUCAUUUGAAAGAAAUAGUUUUGAGCAAUUCUGCAUUAAUUACGCAAAUGAAAGGCUGCAACAGCACUUUAACCGUCACUUAUUUAAGUUGGAGCAAGAGGAAUACAUUCAAGAUGGCAUUGAUUGGGCAAAAGUUGACUUUGAAGACAACCAGGACUGCCUUAAUCUUUUUGAAAAGAAACCAUUGGGUUUAUUGUCCUUGCUUGACGAGGAGUCUACUUUCCCGAAUGGUACUGACUUGACAUUUGCAAAUAAGUUGAAGCAGCAUUUGAAUUCUAAUUCUUGUUUUCGUGGUGAACGAGAGAAUGCUUUCUCUGUUUGCCACUAUGCUGGGGAGGUGACAUAUGAUACUACGGGGUUCCUUGAGAAAAAUCGAGAUUUGCUGCACUCGGAUUCUAUUCAACUUUUAUCUUCUUGCAAUUGCCACCUUCCUCAGACAUUUGCAUCAUAUUUGCUCACUCAAUCAGAAAAGCCUGUAGUUGGUCCGCUGCACAAAUCUGGUGGAGUGGACUCUCAAAAGUUAAGUGUUGCCACAAAAUUUAAGGGCCAAUUAUUCCAAUUGAUGCACCGCCUUGAGAAUACAACGCCACACUUUAUACGUUGCGUCAAGCCAAAUGAUCGUCAAUCUCCUGGGUUAUAUGAACAAAAACUUAUUUUACAGCAACUUCGAUGUUGUGGAGUUCUCGAGGUAGUUCGGAUAUCUAGAUCUGGAUUCCCCACUCGAAUGUCUCAUCAAAAGUUUGCGCGAAGAUAUGGAUUUCUUCUUCUGGACCAUGUUGCAUCACAGGAUCCACUUAGUGUGUCAGUUGCAAUUCUUCAUCAAUUCAAGAUUUUACCUGAAAUGUAUCAGGUUGGGUACACGAAGUUGUUCUUCCGAACUGGACAGAUUGGAGUACUGGAGGACACAAGAAAUCAUACGUUACAUGGCAUAUUACGUGUUCAAAGUUGCUUUAGAGGUCACAAAGCUCGUUGUCACGUUAGAGAGCUGAAAAGAGGAAUUGCAACUUUACAAUCAUUUGUUCGUGGUGAGAAGCUUAGGAAAGAAUUUGCAGUUUUGUUGGAGAGGCAUCGCGCUGCUGUGUGUAUACAGAAGCAAAUAAAAGCCAGAAUUCAAAGGAAAAGAUAUGAAAAUGUUACUGAUGCAUCAGUGCUGAUCCAGUCAGUCAUUCGCGGCUGGUUGGUUAGAAGAUGUUCAGGGGACAUAGCGCUGUUACAAUUUGGAGCAAGGAAGGGUAAUGAGUCAGAAGAGGUAUUGGUUAAGUCGUCAUACCUUGCUGAACUACAGCGUCGGGUUCUUAAAGCCGAAGCCGCUCUGAGGGAGAAAGAAGAGGAGAAUGAUAUUCUUCACCAGCGGCUCCAACAGUACGAAAAUCGAUGGUCAGAAUACGAGUUGAAAAUGAAGUCCAUGGAAGAAGUAUGGCAAAAACAAAUGAGAUCGCUACAGUCGAGCCUUUCCAUAGCCAAGAAAAGCCUUGCUCUGGAUGAGUCUCGAAGGAAUUCUGAUGCAUCAGUUAACACAAAUGACGACCGGGAAAUGAGUUGGGAUGCUGGGAGCAACUAUAGGGUCUCUGAGAGCAAUGGCAUGAGACCAAUGAAUGCAGGUCUAAGUGUCAUAAGCCGAUUGGCCGAAGAGUUUGAGCAGAGAAGUCAAGUGUUCGGUGACGACGCCAAGUUCUUGGUGGAAGUAAAAUCAGGUCAGGUCGAGGCUAACCUGGAACCGGAUCGUGAGCUUAGAAGAUUAAAGCAAAUGUUCGAGGCUUGGAAGAAAGAUUACGGGUCUCGAUUGAGGGAAACGAAGGUAAUCCUUCAUAAGCUUGGCAGUGAGGACGGUUCGGGGGAGAAGGCGAGGAAGAAGUGGUGGGGAAGGAGGAACAGUUCCAGGUUGAACUAA